CUUUUUCUUUGCUCUUUACAGCAACACCAACUACACCAUAAAGAAGGAUUAAAUUACAAUCACAAAUACAAAUACAAAAAAUGUCUUCAGAGAAAUUCAGAAUCAAUAGCACUGGACGUCCCUUCCGUCACUCUACAAACAACUUUAUCAGUACCUUUAGUACUUCUUCACCUUACAGCAUUGGUAUGCCUUAUGGUUCUUCGAUGACUUUGGAUGAAAGUUCUCAGUGCGAGAAGCGUACAGCUCAUAACGCUCUCGAACGUCAAAGACGCGAACAUUUGAACACAAAGUUUCAACAACUGGCACAUGCCUUACCAACCCUUCAGACCGAGCGUCGCCCAAGCAAGACAAUGAUUGUUGCACGAUCCCUUGACUUUGUUUCCAAUACUAUACUGCGAGAAUCAGAUUUCAAGGCUCAAAUUCUGGAGCUUCGUAAGGAGAAUGAACGUCUUCGCAAACAGGCCCUUCUAGCAUCACAGGCAUUGUCGAAGAAGAGAAGCUCGCCUCUCUCUCGCCGAUCUUCUGUUGCUACUACUAUUGUUGCUCCAGUUCAGAAAAAGAAAGCCAAGAAGUCAAAUGUCAAGGGAUCCAAUAAUUCACCCACUGAGCAGAGUAAGGAGGCAGUCUUCCAACUCUCACCACCACCUACCCCAGAGACUACCGCCAACGAGUCUCGCCACCCAAAUGUCACUAGCUCGCCAACAAGCACUCUGCAGAUCCCUCAGAUUGCUAAUUACCCACCAAUUCCAGAAAUUCCAUUGAUGGCUAGUCUUGACACAAUCACUGAAAAUAACGCCUUGCCCGCAGCUCAGCAACAACAUGUUCAGCAACUUCAGCUUCAACUUCAGCAACACCAACACCAACACCAACACCAGCCAUUUAUUCCUCAGGAUAUUCUUCCUGGCGGUAUUUCAUGGCCUCUUGAUACUGAAUCCUACCAGGCUAUCGAUGAGCUUGCUCAGAAUAGCAUGAAUCAGUUCAACUCUUAUCUCUCGCCUUCUGAAGAUCUGAUGUCCUUUAAUGAAAUGUCGAUCUAUCCUCACGAGAUGAUUUCCCUUCCCAGCUCAGUCUCUCCUCUCCCAAACACCAUUGAUGGAUUUGUGUACCCUCCUCUCUACAUGCCUGCUGAAGAAGCUUCCUUUGUUUACAACGGCAGUAACAGUAAUCUGCUCUUUUAACUUUUGCUUUGGCUUUUUAAGCAUUUACUGCUUUUUUUUUCCACCAAACCUUUUCUACCUCUUCCUCUUAUUCGUAUCAUUAUUUUCUCUCAUCAAUGCUUGUAUAUAUAUAUAUAUACAUGCUCUCCGAAUUCAACUAUUCUCACACAUUAUUUAUAUAUUUACCCAAAUCUCCUAAGCUAGUCAGUAACUCUUCUUUUUUCUCUUUCUUAUCCCUCAUAUUACCUUCUCUCUGAAUAGUCGCACUGGAUUGCAGACUAUUCUUUUGAUUCAAUCCACCCUUUUCUUAUUUAACAGAUAUCUCCAUUAUUGCAUUGUACAUACCCUCUUGAUUUUUACUUUUAUUUUUAUUUUAAAUUAUCCAUGCAUGUUCCUCAUUUUAUUUUAUUUUAUUUUAUUUUUACUACU